AUGGAUGAAGAGUGGCGGUCUUUCGAGAAACCAGUGAAGAGUGGUCGGAUAAAAGGAGAUAAACGACAUCUUUAUCUCGGAAAAACAUUUAAUUCCGGGGAAGAGUUCAAAAAGACGUUGGUUGACUAUGUCUUUGACACACAGUUCAACAUUAGGAUGACGAAGUCUUCGAAGACGAGGUAUUCAGCUAACUGUAGGCGUAAAAAGUGCGUGUGGAGGGUGUAUUGUACACUUGAUACAUAUUUGAACAAGUGGGUGAUCAAGACAUAUUAUCCAACACACAACCACCAUCCAAAUGGACAUGCACCGAUGGUGAAUAUGUAUCAUAUUGCUGAACGUUUCAAGGAGGACAUGAGGAGGAAUCCACGACUUAGAGCUGUUGACAUUAGAGUGGGAUUGGUAGAGAGGUAUGGUUUGAUAAUGUCAAAGAGCAAAUGCUCUAAGGCUCGACGUGUUGCAUCUAAAAUGGUAACCGAAGAACAGAAAGUACAAUUUGCAAAACUGUGGGAUUACGAGGCUGAGCUUAGGAGGUCAAAUCCGAACAUAACCACUGAAAUAGGUCUGAAGACAGAAAAUGAUGAAGAAGUCUUUGAUCGGUUUUAUAUCUGUUUCCAUGUGUUACGUGAUACGUGGAAAAAAUGUUGUCGACCUAUCAUUGGAUUGGAUGGCUGCUUUUUGAAAUGGGAGUUAAAAGGAGAACUUCUAGCAGCCGUCGGAAGGGAUGCUAAUAACGGUAUAUAUCCCAUUGCGUGGGCAGUUGUGCGUAUAGAGAACAUUGAGAAUUGGUUAUGGUUUAUUCAAAAACUGAAAUCUGAUUUGGACCUUGGUGAAGGAGAGAAAUUAACAAUAACCUCGGACAAACAAAAGGGUUUGUUGAAUGCUGUCGCAUGCGAGUUGCCAUUUGCCGAGCAUCGUAUGUGUACUCGUCACGUUUAUGCAAACUGGAGGAAAACCUACAAGGAUUCGGCUUAUAAGCAACCACAUCAAUGGGCUCGAGCCUUCUUCAAACCUGACUCGCGUUGUGACGAUGUAGUUAACAAUCUGACAGAGAGUUUCAACCAGACAAUCAGAGAGGCACGGUUGAGGCCGAUGAUAGAUAUGCUGGAGAUGAUACUUGGAAUAAGCACGACAGAAAACACGGUUUUGCACAAUAUACCAAGUGCACGUGGACAAUACGAAGUGGAAGAGUUUAGAAUGAGUUACUCAGUUGAUCUUGCCGGAAAGCGAUGCGCUUGUCGUGAAUGGGACCUAAGAGGAAUUCCUUGUCAACAUGCAUUGUGCAUCAUAAACGAGAAGCAGGAAGAGGUUUCAAAUUACAUAUCCGAGUACUAUAUGACGUCUCAGUGGGUUGAAACAUAUGCACAUAACAUCAACCAUGUGAAUGGACAAGUUCUUUGGCAGAAAACUAACAUGCCUGCGAUUGGUGUACCAAACAAGCGAUCUAUGCCGGGUCGACCCAAAAAGUUUAGUCGGAGGAAGGAACCAUUCUCUGUAAACAGACGGGACAUAAUGCAAGAGGGUGCAGAAACGAACCAAUUACAAUCUAUGGUUGUAAAAGAGGAAGAGGUCGACCGAGAAAGGUGCAAGGAGAAUCAAGCAACCGACCCAAUACGCCUCAGCCACAACCGUCUGCUGAAGCUUCCUCUCAUCUGGAUAUGCCGACCCAAUCAAGCCAGACGGUGCAAUCAACAAUCCAUCCUCCUCGCAGACUACGACGCAUAG